CGCCCUAGCCUCGCGCCGGCCUCCAGCUCCCGGCUGCCGGGGCUGAGGUGGAGCCGGUGGACGGCGGCCGGGCUGUGGCGCAGCAGUGUCCUUUCUGCGCGCGCGCCUGAAGUCGGCGUGAGCGUUUGAGGAAGCUGGCAUGAUAGCCCGAGCAUUAGUGUUCCAGAUGAACCAGGCAGAUGGUCCGUUGCCUUCUGUGACCUGAUCUUGGAAGUUGCAUGGCAGAAGUUACUUAGCAUCACUUCCUCUACUCUACUGGUCAACUAGUCUUUACUGUUGACCCAAAUUCAAAGGAUACAGCAUUUAAUGAAACAUUUAUGCUUAAGAAGUAAAAAUGGCAGGCUUCCUAGACAAUUUUCGUUGGCCAGAAUGUGAGUGUAUUGACUGGAGCGAGAGAAGAAAUGCUGUGGCGUCUGUUGUCGCAGGUAUAUUGUUUUUUACAGGCUGGUGGAUAAUGAUUGAUGCAGCUGUGGUGUAUCCUAAGCCAGAACAGUUGAACCAUGCCUUUCACACAUGUGGUGUAUUUUCCACAUUGGCUUUCUUCAUGAUAAAUGCUGUAUCCAAUGCUCAGGUGAGAGGUGAUAGCUAUGAAAGCGGCUGUUUAGGAAGAACAGGUGCUCGAGUUUGGCUUUUCAUUGGUUUCAUGUUGAUGUUUGGGUCACUUAUUGCUUCCAUGUGGAUUCUUUUUGGUGCAUAUGUUACCCAAAAUACUGAUGUUUAUCCGGGUCUAGCUGUGUUUUUUCAAAAUGCACUUAUAUUUUUUAGCACUCUGAUCUACAAAUUUGGAAGAACCGAAGAGCUAUGGACCUGAGAUCACUUCUUAAGUCACAUUUUCCUUUUGUUAUAUUCUGUUUGUAGAUAAGUUUUUUAUCUCUCAGUACACAUUGCCAAAUGGAGUAGAUUGUACACUAAAUGUUUUGUUUCUUUACAUUUUUAUGUUCCGAGUUUUGAAAUAGUUUUAUGAAACGUCUUUAUUUUUCAUUGCGUAGACUGUUAAUACUAAUAUGUAUAUAAUACAAGACUAUAUGAAUUGGA